AUGUAAACAGAAGAUAUAGAUUGGCAAAUAUUAGUAUAAUUAGAAAAAUGUCCAUCAAAAAAAUAUCUAAGAAAAAUAAUAGAAUUUGCAUUUAUUAUAAGAAAUAAAUUGAAUUCAUAUAAUGAUAAUUAUUAAACUCCAGUAUCAUAAUAAUUUUAUUUAGAUUUAAAUUUAUCAGAAGAAUAAUGUCAUAAGAUGUUAGUUUCUUUAGUUAAAUUAUUAGAAAAAGCUGCAUAAAAUAAUUUUAAAAAUAUAGCAAAUAUUUUUCCCUUAGAUUUUCAUGAAUAACUAAAAAAUAUGCUCGUGGAAAUGUUUGAAUCUUACGGUGAUAGUAAAACAUAAAUAAAUAAAUUUAAAAUAAAAAUAAAAUUAAAAGUUUGGCGUAAAAAUAUGAAUAGUAGCAUUUAGUAAGGAGAUACAUUAAUUGAUAUUGAUUGGCGAAUAGAUCUUUAAGUGGCAACGCAUAAUAACUAAAAAAUUAAUCGUCCUGUUAUGUUUGUUUAGUUAGAAACUUAAGGGAUUAAAAAUGAAAUGAAAACUGUUAAUUUUUAAUUAAAUUCUGUUGAACUUAAUGUUUUUCAUAAUAAUUUAAUGAAAAUAAAAGAUUAAUUAUAAUAAAUUAUUAAUAUUUGA